AUGCGGUCGAUCGUAGCUGUGCUUGUCACGGCGUUGCUGUUCGCCUCGCUGGUGACCGCUCUCUCCCAUAAUGUUCGUGAUAUGGACAUGGAUAUGGAUAUGGAUAUGGAUAUGGACAUGGAAGGCGACUCGCACGGGCAUGCGCACGCGCCUGCUGCUGAUCCCAAGCCGGAGCAUGACGACUCGCCCAUGAGCUACUUUCUCUACAGCAAACACUCGAGUGCCAUUGUUGCGCACAUUGCGCUCAUGGUGAUCGGGUGGUGCUUUAUCCUGCCGACAGCUGUUAUGCUUAGCGUGGCUCGCUCUCGCUAUGCGCUGCUUUCCCAGUUCGGUUUCAUGGUCGUCAACGUGGUCGGCUUGCUCGUGGGGAUUGUCUACAACAGCCAAACCCCGGAUCUGUACCCCAACAAUGCGCACCACAAGAUCGGCUGGAUUGGAACCUGGAUCAUGACCGUCCAGCUCGUUCUGGCGUUGAUAAUUCCCUACGCUCGCAAGGGAGAGACCAACGAGAUCGCCUCCCACGAGCGCGGCGCCUUCUUGCCCGUCUCCACUACGGACGACUCCGAUUCCCCCCUGCACCGCUAUCCUACGGGGGCCUUUCACCAGUACCGCUGGUCGGGGGAUAGCGGCCAGGGUACCGAGCCUUCUAGGAGCUGUCCGGCCUCUCCGACGAGCGAGUCCCACGCGGAAGACUACGACCAUUUCGAAAAACCAGAGGAGGAGCAGCAGCAGCUUCCUACCAGACCGGCCGACUCACGCCGCUGGCUGCGCAACACUGUCGUCGACCGCUUCCUCGCCAGUCGCGUUCCCGGCGUGGUCUCUAGUCGGGUGCUUGGGGCCCUGGAUAUCAUCCACAUGAUAAUCGACCGGAUCAUCCUGCCGUUCAGCUUCAUCGCCGUUGCCAGUGGUGGCGUCACAUACGGUGGUAUCAUGAGAGGUCAUGACAUCUUCAACGGACUGGCUCAUUUCAUCAAGGGCGGAAUCUUCUUCUGGUACGGCUUGCUGACUCUCGGCCGCUGGAUGGGCUGCUGGGCGGAUUUCGGCUGGGCCUGGAACGUGAAGCCCCCGAGCACGGUAGUCGGCAAGUGGAAGGCGUCUGUCCCGACCGGCGAGUUCACCGAGUCCUUUGUCAUCUUCCUCUACGGCGCGAGCAACAUGUUCCUUGAACAUCUCGGGGGAUGGGGCGGUGCCUGGAAUGCAAGCGAUUUGGAGCAUGUCUCGAUUUCCGUCAUGUUUUUCGGCGCUGGUCUGUGUGGCAUGCUUUUCGAAUCGAAACGCGUGCGAGAAUGGCUUAACAGUACCGUCCUCCAAGCCCCGGCUCACCACGACCACGACCACGACCACGACGAUUCGGCCGUUCUAUGGCAGGCGCCAAACACCCAGACCGUCUCCCUCAACCCGAUGCCUGCCCUCGUCAUCCUCCUUCUGGGCAUGAUGAUGGGCUCCCACCACCAGACCACGGCGGUGUCGACAAUGGUGCACAAGCAGUGGGGGAACAUGCUGGUUGGAUUCGGUCUCGCCCGGGCGGCUACCUAUGUGCUGCUUUUCCUCAAGCCGCCCACCUCGUACCUGCCUGCUCGUCCCCCGACGGAGAUUGUCGCCUCGUUCUGUCUGAUCGGGGGUGGUUUGGUCUUUAUGAUGAGUACAAGCACCAUCAUCCAGGCCAUGAUCAGCUACGACCUUGACGCCAUGUUUACCUUCACCGUCAGCAUGGGCUUCACCGCCUUCAUCAUGGCGUGCGCGAUUCUCGCCAUCGCCAUCAAGGCCUGGGCGGUUAAAAAGGAGAUGCCGCCCCGGCUUACAACCUUUCGAUUUCCCGCUUAG